AUGGCCGCGCCAUGCAGGGAGCUCACAGGCCUCCGCCGGGGGCCAGCCGCGGCGGGGCCGCCGGUGCCGGGCCGCCGGGGCGCGAACGAGCUCUGCGUCGCGCCGUUCCACCACCGCGCGCCGCAGCAGCGGCGGCGGCGGGGGCUCAAGGUGGUGGCGGCCAUCAGCGAGGACCUGCCGAGGCUCGCGGCGCCCGGGACCGGGACCGGGAAGGGCGCGCCGGAGGGCAGGCGGCCCGAGAAGGUGCUGGUGCGGGCCGCGCUCACGGUGCGCCGCAAGCACAAGGAGGACCUCAAGGAGGCGCUGGCCGGCCACCUCGACGCGCUCUGGGACAUGGUCGGCCGGAGCGUCGCGCUCGAGCUCAUCAGCACCAAGAUCCACGCCAGGACCAAGAAACCGUUGCAGAGCGGUCAGGCAUCGAUCAAAGACUGGUGCCAGAAGAGGGGUGUCAAGGGAGAGCACGUCGUGUACACGGCUGAGUUCAUGGUGGAUUCAGACUUCGGCGAGCCUGGCGCCAUCACCGUGGCCAACCGGCACCACCGGGAGUUCUUUCUGGAGAGCAUCGUCGUCGAGGGUGGGCUGCCGUGUGGUCCGGUGCACUUUGCCUGCAACUCUUGGGUGCAGUCCACCAGGGAACUGCCGGGAAAGAGGGUGUUCUUCAGUAACAAGCCGUAUUUACCAUCUGAAACACCACCUGGACUUAGAGAACUAAGGGAUAAGGAGCUGAAGGACCUUAGAGGAUAUGGCACAGGAGUACGGAAGUUAUCUGACAGAAUAUAUGAUUAUGCAACAUACAAUGAUUUGGGGAAUCCAGAUCGGGGAAAAGAGUUCACCAGGCCAAUCCUUGGAGGUGACAAGAUCCCUUACCCACGGCGAUGCCGAACUGGUCGUCCACCAACUGAUACCAACAUGCUGGCUGAGAGUAGAGUAGAGAAACCACACCGGAUAUACGUACCUCGGGAUGAGGCAUUUGAGGAGCUGAAGCAAGGUGCCUUCUCAUCAGGGAGGCUGCGGGCAGUACUUCACACCCUUAUCCCAUCGAUGAUUGCAACCAUCUCAGCUGAAACCCACAGCUUCCAAGGUUUCCACCACGUUGAUAAUCUCUAUAAGGAGGGCCUCAGGCUGAAGUUGGGUCUCCAGGAGCACCUGUUCCAGAAAAUACCCCUUGUUCAGAAGAUUCAGGAAUCAAGUGAGGGGAUGCUUCGCUAUGAUACACCUAGAAUUCUUUCCAAGGACAAGUUUGCAUGGCUCCGUGAUGAUGAGUUUGCUCGGCAGACUGUGGCAGGAAUAAACCCAGUUAGCAUCACCAGGCUCACGGUUUUCCCACCAGUGAGCAAGUUGGAUCCUGCAAUCUAUGGCUCACCAGAAUCAUCGAUCACGGAAGCGCACAUCGCUGGACAGCUCAAUGGACUCACAGUACAACAGGCAGUGGACGAGGCAAAACUGUUUAUAUUGGACUAUCAUGAUGUCUAUCUUCCAUUCUUGGACCGGAUUAAUGCAAUAGAGGGACGGAAGGCAUAUGCAACCCGGACAAUCUUGUUUCUUACCAAAGCUGGCACAUUGAAACCAAUUGCUAUUGAACUUAGCCUUCCUCCAAGCAAGGCAGGCGAGCCCCGGCCAAGCAAGGUCCUUACCCCUCCCAGUGAUGCUACCUCCAAUUGGCUAUGGAUGCUUGCCAAAGCUCAUGUCAGCUCAAAUGACGCCGGUGUUCAUCAGCUCGUUAAUCACUGGCUGAGGACACAUGCUAUAAUGGAGCCGUUCAUAUUGGCAGCGCGUCGGCGAAUGAGUGCGAUGCACCCAGUCUUCAAGCUCUUACACCCCCACAUGCGGUACACGCUGGAGAUCAAUGCGCUUGCACGGCAGAGCCUGAUCAGUGCGGACGGUGUCAUCGAGUCGUGCUUCACCCCUGGCCCUGUCUCCUUCGAGAUCAGUGCUGCAUACUACGGCAACCACUGGCGGUUCGACCUAGAGGGCCUCCCUGCUGACCUCGUCCGCAGGCAUGCAUGCCGUUGCCCCCUCCCUAUCUAUAGUUGCUUGAUUUUACUGAACAGAAAGCUCUUCAUCGUCAUGGCCACUGACAUUUACCCGCCCGUGCUUCGUCAUCUCUUGGUCAGGGGAGUGGCUGUGGAGGAUGAGUCGCAGCCUCACGGCAUCAGGCUCCUCAUCGAGGACUACCCUUACGCAAACGACGGGCUCCUGCUGUGGUCGGCCAUUCGCAACUGGGUGGAGUCGUACGUGCAGCUCUACUACCCGGACGCCGGCACCGUUCAGUCCGACGACGAGCUCCAAGGGUGGUACCACGAGACGGUCCACGUCGGGCACGCCGACAUCCGGCACGCGCCCUGGUGGCCCUCGCUCUCCACGCCGGCGGACCUCGCGUCCAUCCUGACGACGCUCAUCUGGCUCGCGUCAGCGCAGCACGCGGCGCUCAACUUCGGGCAGUACCCGCUGGGCGGGUACGUGCCGAACCGCCCGCCGCUGAUGCGCCGGCUGCUGCCGGACCCGGAGCGCGACGCGGCCGAGUACGCGGCGUUCCUGGCGGACCCGCACCGGUUCUUCCUGAACGCGAUGCCCGGGGUGCUGGAGGCCACCAAGUUCAUGGCGGUGGUGGACACGCUGUCGACGCACUCCCCCGACGAGGAGUACCUCGGCGAGGGGCGCGACGAGCCGUGGACGGGCGACGCGGCCGCCGUGGUGGCGCACGCCAUGUUCGAGGCCGACGUGCGCCGCGCCGAGGAGGCCAUCGAGAGGCGAAACGCGGACCAGCGCAGGAAGAACCGGUGCGGCGCCGGGGUGCUGCCGUACGAACUGCUGGCGCCCAGCUCGCCGCCAGGGGUCACGUGCCGCGGCGUGCCUAACAGCAUCUCCAUAUGA